UCAAAUCAACCCCUCAAUUUAAACCUGCAGAGAUCAACUUAAGCCCAGUGGUAGAUGAGGCAGAAGUCCCGAAUGCAAAACUUCUGGAGAAAGUCUUCAAUUGUCUUCUGAUUGACGCAAACAAGGCGAUGCAGAUGGAUAAAGGACGAAGGUGCGUUUGUGAAGAUAUUUAACUGCAAGCCCAACAAGCUGAUCAAGGUGGUGUCCACCUUCGGCAACACAGGAGAAGGAAAAUCCUACACUCUGAACCACACGUUCUUCAUGGACAGGGAGGUGUUCAAGACCUCCCCCCACGCAGGAGUCCUGCACGGUGGGGGUGUGGGCGGCAUUUGACCCCAUCCACAAGGUGGUGGUCAUCGAUACAGAGGGCCAACUGGGUAACAGCUCCAACCAGGGCCACAGAACACGGCUCUUGCUCAAGCAUCUACCAUAGCCGACCGCAUCCAUGACGACCUCUUCAAGUUCCUGGGCGACGGGUCAGAAGCCUACCUGAAACAUUUCACCAAGGAACUGAAGGCCACUACUGCCCGCUGUGGCCUGGACGUGCCUCUGUCCACCCUAGGGCAGGCCAUCAUCAUCUUCCAUGAGACUGUCCACACCAAGCUGCUGGGCUCAGGAAACUCAUCAGAGUCUGUGGAUUGGCUGCUGCUUGAGCGCUUCAGGAAGCUGGGCUGUUUCCCAGAGGUUUUCAGCUCCAUCCUGUACCUCGGCACGUGUACCUGUAGCCCCCCCAAAUUACUUUGGUGGCCUGCAGCACACCCUGGAGCAGCUGCUGGACAAGAACUCCACCCGCUUCCCAGUCGUCAUCUUCAAAGCCCUGCAGUGAGCGCUUCAAUGGGGAGAUUUCUGAUGAGCUCAUAGCCCACAACUGCUUCUUCCCUGAUGAGUACUUCACCUGCUCCGGGCCUCUGCCUCGUUUGCGGGUUGGGUGACCAGUUCUACAAGGAUGCCAUUGAGCAGUGCCGCAGCUACAAUGCCCGCCUGUGUGCUGAGCGCAGCGUGCGCCUGCCCUUCCUGGACUCCCAGACCGGCGUGGCACAGAACAACUGCUACAUCUGGAUGGAGCGCCACCACCGCAGCCCUGGGGUUGCUGCAGGUCAGAUGUAUACAUACCCCGCCCGCUGCUGGAGGAAGAAGAGGCGGCUGCACACCUCCAUGGACCCUCCGCUGCGCCUCUGUGGCCUCCAGAUAGAUGGAGGACUCACAGGCAAGGAUGUGAUUCCCACACAGGGCACCACGCUAGAGGCUCUUCUCAGAGGGGAGGGCUUAGACCAGAGGAACAACUCAAAGGACGAGGAGAGUCUCCUAGAGAUCCAGAGGGUCUUGGAGGCUGACGCAGCUGAAGAUGCUUACCAUGACGACUAUGACGUGGACACCCCCAAAAAAAGACACAGAGGAAAAAGCAGGGGUCGAAUUUCAGGCCGCAGGAGGACAGACAUGGAUGACCAGGACAAGCCAUAUAGCUGUGACAUCUGCGGGAAGCGUUACAUGCACCGUACAGGGCUGAGUUACCACUACACCCAUUCCCACCUGGCAGAGGAGAGGGGGUCCGAGUCCUCCCGGUCACCCUCCGCACAGCGCUCUGACCGACACAAACGUAAGGUCAGAAGGGUCCAGGUAGUACUGCCAUUACCAAUAACUACUGUGACUCAUGCCGGUGCACCCCAGGCUCCAACAAGCAGAGGGGUAAAUCUGGGGAGAGGGGUCCCUGCUCAGUCUGCCGGCGCUCCACUGGCCGCCCAGAAGAGAAGGAGGACAGCAGGCCGUUUGCUGGGGCAGAGGAACUGUUUGGCACCACCUCGGAGAGUGACACGUCCACGUUUCACGGCUUUGAGGACGAUGAGCUUGAAGAGCCCUCGUCAAACGGCAAGGGGACGCCCAACCGAUACAGAUAGAGAAGAACUUUCUAGGUUUAAAGACUCUUUUUAAUAUGGAUAACCUCUGGCAAAAGUCUGCUGCUUAUUUUUAAAUGUUUUUAUUUAAAGUGAUUAUUUCAGGAGAGAAAUGCAAGAAGUGUUAUUUUGUUAUCUACUGAACCUUGUUUAAUAAUUUAUGAAUGUGUUUUUUUACAUUAACUUUGAAUGCAACUGAAGGUGUCUCUAGACAAAUGACUUGCUCCCUAUGUGAAAUGGAAAGAAUUUCUUGGAUUACUUUUCCACUGGAGCGGAAAAGGCAAAUAUGUUAUGAAAAAAACACUGGAACAUGUGGAUAUAAUUAUGCUCUUUUUGGGAUGUUUUGCCAGAGAAAAUAAAAUCCAAUAAUUUAUCUGAAAUUUAGUUAAAUGACAAUGUCUGGAUGAAGAAUGAAUGUCAACACAACCCCUUCCCUCGACUUGUUGAUGUCACUACCCAUGCAGUUUGGAAAGACUUCCACUGUUUCACCCUCUGGAUUAUAAUAAUGUGAAACUGGAGUGGCGUGAAGCAAAGGAUUGAUGUGUGAAUUAAACAGAGGGUUAUACCAGACGCAGGGCAUGGCUAGCUGAAAGGUAAGCACCUAGGUCCUAUUCAAACAUAGUACAGUACUUUCUCAUUUAAAUACAAGGUGUAUUCUUAUUCCAUCAGUUCAUGCCUUGCAUUUGCCAUCAACAAAGAUAAAAACAACUGUUGGUUUUAUGCCAGCUAUUUUGGAGUGUGUGUGACUCCACAAUCUGACCCAUUUGUCUCUUGUAGGAGUACCAUGGCAUGAGGACCCAGGGGGCUUUGCAGCCAGUGAGGGGUGAGGUUCAGGACCCAAUUGGGCCUCCACACACCCCUUCACUGGGCCCAAAGACCCUAUUCGUCUGACAGUCAGCCACCAAACAGCCAUCUGUCCAACCGCUAUAAUGCCAGCCUGCCAGCGACCACAUAACCUAAUCCUCCCUAACUCAGAUAUUUUCUCUUUUUGAAGCAAUUUCCCCCCUGAGAAUGUAUUGUUUUUCUCCUGUGUUUUCGUCCUCUACGGCUGUGGCCACCAUGUCCAGCCAGCGGGAUCCAAUGUGACACUGAGACGUCAUUAACUUCAUCACUGUGCCAGCCUGCGACCCAGGCAAGAAACCAGCUCUGACAGCCAUGAUGACCCAGUGACCUCACUGGAACCACCCUGAACUUUAACCUCUGCCCCUGUCAUAGCGGCGGUGCUGGACUUCCUCUGUCACUUAUACAACAAAACCUCUGGACUACUUAGACAUUCUCUUACUCUUUUUAAUGUCACUUGAGCAGGCCAAACAAAUCAAGAGCGUUCUUGAAUCCCUUUCAUCCUGAAGUUAGAAUCGUGCUAUGUUCCUUUGUUUUGAACACGAUAUUGACAGUUUGGGUUGUUAGUGUCAUUUUGGUGAGAGGUGGAUAUUUUAUUAUUCUGUUUGUUCGGGCUUUGUUUAUACCUCUGUCUUUCUACAAUACCUACUUCUACUCAGGCGUAUGAUUUGUACUGCUGUUAAUUGUUCUCUCUGCGUCAUGAUGCAUUCAUUGUCAGCCACUGUCCCCUGCCUGCCUUAUGUGAUUGUAUCCCUAUGGUUUAGUCAUCACAAUAACACGUUUAGUGAUCCCAGCUCUAACAAAUCCCAGUAUUCUGAACUGUGCCCAACCAAGUUCAUGGGCACAUUACUCCAUAUUUUCUCCUUCCUCUGACUCACUUGUCAAAUGUUUUUGUCCAGAAUCACUUACAAGGCGUGUGUGCAUAAUGCAAGGAUAGUUGCUUACAAUUGCAGAAGGAGUCUUUAAGCUGUAAAACAAUGUUAUUUUUUACAUUUUGCUUAAGUGCUAUAUAGCUACGUUUACACGGGCAGCCCAAUUCUGAUCUUUCUUCUACUUAUUGGUCUUUUGACCAAUCGCAUCAGAUCAUUUCCUAUCAGAUAUUUUGUGUCUUAAAUGUUGACUCUAGACACUCACUCACAUAAACGUUCUUAACACUGAAUUCCCUCAGGGACCCGUUCAUCCAGUUUUUAGGACUUCUAAUGGAGAAUUAUUUUGGUAUCAACAACAACCUCUCCAUCAAUUACUGUGUUUCCAUGGUUACCUCAAAGGUCUUAAGUUAGUCAUAUUAAAUGACAACCUGGUUGCUAUUAUGGUCAUUGUUUUUCUCUCAAUUGUGACGUCCUCGAACAAACAGCAUGAUACAGUAUACUUCCAACCAACACUUCAUGGAAGUCAGUGAUGUCUGGCUGUAUAGAAACAAGUGUCAUCACCACCAAUCAUGUACUCGUGCAUAGCUUGUAUACCUCAUAAAAGAGUCAGACACAGCAAUAACCCCAGAGCUCUUAGCAAGCCUUCCUGAGUUAGAAGGAAGCACAGGGGUCGGAAUUAGAGCCAAGAGAUGAAAUGGACUUGACCAGUCAUUUUAUCUUCAACUGUAAAUAACUCAAAUCGAGAGAAUUUAAGUCUUUGUUAAACUAUUUUUAUUGUAUUGAAAGAAAAUAAAGAAUGAGACGCUGCCCUCUGGA